GCAUAAUCCUUUAGUUACUGUAAAGUUUCAUUCCAAGAAUCAAGAAUGAAUCCCUACUGAUUCAAGAAACCUUGAAACUUUUCUUCUUCCAACUCAGCUAUGGCGAUAUCUCUUUGCUUCUCUCCCCUCACUGCAACAACCCCAAAACACUAUUCAAGAAUCCCUCUUUAUAAACCCAUCAACCCCAUUAUCACUUUAACAACCCCAAAAAUUUUAAAUCCGAAUUUCAAGAAAGUAAAAUGUGUUCCUGAAAAUUCUCAGAAUUUUUCUGUGAUUCAAGAAAAACCCAGAUGGGCAAAUUGGUUGUCAAUUGCUGAAAGUCUUUAUCCUGUUUAUAUAACUGUUGGUGGGGUUGUUGCUUGUUUAAAGCCCUCAACUUUUUCAUGGUUUGUCAAGUGUAGUCCUACUUCCUAUAGUUUGACUCUUUGGUUUAUAAUGCUUGUUAUGGGUCUUACAUUGGAGAUCAAAGAGUUAACAAACUUGUUAUUGCAAAGGCCUCUUUCUAUUCUGUUUGGUUGUGCCGCUCAAUAUACUAUUAUGCCUGCCUUGGGAAUGAUUCUCAGCAAAAUCUUGGGUCUGCCUCCUUCAAUUUCAGUUGGUCUGAUAUUGCUUGCGUGUUGCCCUGGAGGUACUGCUUCUAACGUGGUAACCUUAAUUGCACAAGGAGAUGUCCCAUUAUCAAUAGUGAUGACAGCAUGCACUACAAUUGGUGCAGUGGUCCUGACUCCCUUCUUGACAACAAUUCUGGCAGGAACUUAUGUUCCUGUCGAUGCUGUUAAGCUUUCUAUCAGCACGCUCCAGGUUGUGGUUGCUCCAAUUCUCUUGGGUUCUUAUAUGCAGCACAAAUUUCCAAAAGCUGUAAAAAAAAUUACACCUAUUGCUCCCCUUCUCGCAGUCUUAGCAACAUCUCUUGUUUCUGCCAGUAUAUUCUCUGAAAAUGUUGGUCGCCUAAGAUCUUCCGUGGUUGGUAUGUCAUUCUCUUCUGAUUUGCCUCUAAUCAGUCGUGCUCAGAAUGUGCUAGCUAGUGAAUUUGGACUCGUUGCGGUGUCUGUCGCAUUGCUUCAUUUUGCUGGUUUCUUUGUUGGGUAUCUUUCUGCUGCUUUGGCCGGUUUUAGCGAACCUCAAAGACGAGCUGUAUCCAUCGAGGUGGGCAUGCAGAAUUCUGCCUUAGGAGUGGUUUUAGCGACCUCCCAUUUCUCUUCACCAGCAGUUGCAUUACCUGCUGCAACUUCAGCUAUCAUUAUGAACAUAAUGGGUAGUUGUUUAGGUUUCUUUUGGAGAUGUAUUAACCCUACUCAACCAAAAAGUAGUCUUGAAGUGACUGAUAAAUCUUGAAUAUUCAUGUUGAACCAUUGUGUUCUUUUACUUCCCUUUGUACACUCAUCAAUAAAAUUUUGUUUUCACCAUUCUCUGGGUUCACUUUUGAGACUCAUCUAACUAAGGUCUGCAAUUAUGGAACCUUCAUAAAGGGAAUUCACAUUUGAACUUCCAUAAUCCACAUAUUCUCCCUAACUUUGCUUUUUAUUUUGGCAACUGAAUUCCAGUUCUUCUCCAAUCCUUGAAGAUUCUUUUGUCAGGGAGGGAGAGGUUAUAAGGGAAGUACCCAAAGAAGGUGAAAGCAUGUUUAAAAGGCAGUCUGGUACAAAGCUCUCACCAUGCAUGGGUCUGGGGAAUGCCGGACCAUAUUUGAGGCCGUUGUAUCCAGCCUUACCUUGCAUUUAUGCAAGUGGUUGUUUCCAUCACUUGAACCCCUAACCUCAUGGUCAAAUGGUGGACGCAAUGGUCUCCCGUAGAAGUGAAGGCUAUGUAUAAUGCACAAAAUUACACAAUUGAGUAGAGACUGUGUGUGAAGGGUGUAGGUAGAGCUACCUUUAGUAUGAUCCACUAGUUACAUUAUAUCUAGCGAGCUUAGUUCAAUGAACAAAAUUUCGUGCUAAGUCAAAGAAGAAGAAUGCUAGAAAUUUCAAAAUGAGUGUGCAUUUCUGGACAGCAGGUUGCAGAGGAGCAGCAAAUGAGUUUGAUUGGUCUGAAAUAUUCGAUUAUAUGCUCAAGAAUCCAAUCUUUUUCCGCACAUAUGCUUAGCAGGAUUCUUUCAGGAAAAUUGUUCGACAAAUUGGACAAUAUGGUGUCUGUACCAACCAUGAAUCAAUGCACUUGACAUGGAAACUGUGGUUGCAAUUUGUCAGUAACCUGCAGUUAUCUCCUGUCUU